AAUCAACUGUCAUGUGUUGCUCACAGUCUUGGAUGUUGUGUUGACGUAUGCGGAUGGUUCAUAGAACAGUUCUUAUGAAGUGACAGUCCGUUGAUCAAUUGCAUAUAACGAUUACUCGUAUAAACGAUUUCAGGAGGCAGAACAACAACGAUUUUAAGGUUAACAUCACAACAAGUGCACGAUCGCUUCUUUAUUCGCGCCACUCUAGUAAUUUGAGCAUUCAUCAUGCCAAUUUUAUACAGCGUGGUGGCUAAGGGGACGAUAAUAUUAGCAAAAUAUGCAUCCUGCACUGGCAACUUUGAUGAAGUAACAGAGAACAUUCUGGCAAAAAAAGUCGAAAAUGACAAGCUUACAUACUCGCAAGGACAAUAUCUUUUUCAUUACAUCUGCGAAGAUAAUAUUAUUUACAUGUGCAUCACAGACAAUGAUUACCAAAAAUCCAAAGCAUUUUUAUACUUGGCAGAAAUUAAAGGAAGAUUCUUGGCCGUGUAUGGACAAGAUGUACAAACUGCACUUCCCUACGCAAUGAACACAGAUUUUGCUAGAACGUUAGCUAGUACAAUGAAACAUUAUAACGAGUCCAAUCACAAAGUCGAUGUGUUAGAUAGUGUCCUUGGCGAUUUAGAUGAAUUGAAGGAUAUAAUGAGCAAAAGCAUCGAUAACGUCGCGAUGCGUGGAGAACGGUUAGAACUCCUCGUAAACAAAACGGAAAAUUUAAGCACGAAUGUAAGUAAAGUUACUAGCUAUUGCGAAGGAUAUGCGAAAAAAAAAAUUAAUUCUCUUUAUUCGUUAUUUUCAGUCGAUUACGUUUAGGAAAACCAGCAGAAAUUUGGCGCGCUCGUUGUUUUGGAAAAACGUAAAAAUUUACGUUAUCGUCGGUGUCAUCCUAAUUGUAAGUAAUCAAUAUUAUAUGCGAUUUCAUUCGAAUCUAAACAACAUUAUAUGAAUCCCGUAGGUCGUCGUAUAUGUUAUUGUGUCGAUGUCCUGCGGAGGCUUGGCAUGGCCAAAAUGCGUCGGAAAAUAAUUCAUCUUUAUAAUACGUCGAUGCACUGUGUUCUGUCUUGAAAAUGUGAUAAGAAUUUAAUCGCGGUCGAUUCGCGGAGCUACGCUGUAAGCAAAUAGGGAAAGACAUUCACGAUGCAUGUUUCAUUUGUUGGUUUGUGAGAAAGGUUUGAGAUUUCAUUCUGUUCUGUGGUUCUAUCAAAACGGAAACAAUGUAAGAUUAAAGAAGAUACAAUUAGGAAAUGUACAAAUAUAAACAUGUACGCGAUACUUCUAAUAUUUUUAUUGUUUUAGCAAAAAUAA